ACCAGACAAGUUGAUAGGGAGUCACAGAAGUGGAGAGAGAGAUGGAGAGUCAAGCAGAUGGUAACGAAGACGCGUCCGGUAUCAAAUACGUGCGCCAAAGGCUCGAAACCCGCGUGGAGACCCUACACAAUGCUCAGCUAGACAUCAUAGCUUCGCUGCAAACCCUAGUUCCCGAUAUAGUCUCCUCUCUCGAUCUCUCUCUCAAAGUUGUCUCUGCCUUCAAUGGCCGUCCUUUCAGUCCUCUACCUACACCUCUUCCAAACCCUAACCCUCUUCCAAACCCUAACCCUAACCGCAACUCUAAACGCCCACCACCAUCACCUCUGGAAAACAUUCCACACACGCCUGAAAACCGCUCAAUCCCUCGCUCUUCCGACCACAAAUCCACCAAUUCCAAGAAUCAGCAACCCAAACCAUCUCCUGAAGUUUCGAGUCGUCGAUCAGAUAGUGAAAAGUUUACGCUUGAUGAGAGUGGUAGUCCGUUAUCGGUGAUUAGGUCGAUGGUUGCUGUUUGUUUGUUAGAAAGGGUGCCCUUUUCGCCCAUUGAUUCGUCUACGGUGUUGAGGAAGCUGGAGAAUGAUCAGUCAGCGACGGCCGCAGAGAAGGAGGCAUUGAGGGAGGUGGGAGGGGAGUCGGGUGCUAUACUGGCGGUGGAGAUGGCUUUGAGGUCGAUGGCGGAGGAUAAUGGGGGCGUUGACUUGGAGGAGUUUGUAGUGAGUGAGAAGUCCAGGGUUAUGGUUAUGGGAAUUGACCGGUCUCGGCUAGUAAAGGAGUUGCCGGAGAGUAAGCAGUAUCAGCAGAGUGAAUCAAAUUUAAAUGAAGGAAACCAAAUUCAGCAAGGGUCAACUAGCGGAGGUGAUGUUAAUGGUGGAGUUUUUGGAAUGGGAAGUCCAAUGCCUAGGCCAAUGCCGGAUAUGUGGAUGGCACCAGCAGAGCCGCAUUUAUCAGGGUUGCCUCCUAUGUUUCCGGGGACUGCGCCAGGUCCAAUGAUGGGGCCGAGGGGCGGUCCAAGAGGUGUGAUGGGCAUGAUGGCAAUGCCCAGAGGGAUGGGUGUUCCACCAAUGCAUAGACCUCAAUUCGGGCCAAAUGCACCAAGUGGUGUUUCAAAUGCAAUCCCUUUGAGGCCUAGGACUGAAGAAGAAGACAUGAAGGAUCUGGAGGCUUUGUUGAAUAAGAAGACUUUCAGGGAGAUGCAGAAAUCCAAAACUGGAGAGGAGCUUUUGGACCUCAUUCACCGUCCCACUGCUAAGGAAACUGCUGUGGCUGCAAAGUUCAAAACCAAAGGUGGCUCUCAACUAAAGGAGUACUGUUCAGCCUUGACAAAAGAAGAUUGCCGACGUCAAACUGGUUCCUAUAUUGCAUGUGAGAAGGUUCAUUUUCGACGUAUAAUUGCUCCUCAUACUGAUGUCAAUUUGGGGGAUUGCUCUUUUUUGGACACGUGCCGUCACAUGAAGACAUGCAAGUAUGUCCAUUACGAGCUUGACCCAACACCAGAUGUGCCACCUAUGAUGAUAGGGGCUGCUAAUCUUCCUCCCCCCAAACCUCUAAAGCCUCAACGUGCUCAUUAUUGUUCAGAAGUAGAGCUUGGUGAACCGCAAUGGAUCAACUGUGAUAUCCGUAAUUUUAGAAUGGACAUUUUAGGGCAAUUUGGAGUUAUAAUGGCAGAUCCACCAUGGGACAUUCAUAUGGAAUUGCCUUACGGGACGAUGGCUGAUGAUGAGAUGCGCAGUCUUAAUGUUCCUGCAUUGCAGACUGAUGGCCUGAUAUUUCUUUGGGUAACUGGACGAGCAAUGGAGCUUGGACGAGAAUGUUUAGAACUUUGGGGAUACAAACGCGUUGAGGAGAUUAUUUGGGUGAAGACCAAUCAACUUCAGCGCAUAAUCAGAACGGGGCGAACUGGUCAUUGGCUCAACCACAGUAAGGAACAUUGCCUUGUUGGAAUGAAGGGAAAUCCAGAAGUGAACAGGAAUAUUGAUACUGAUGUCAUUGUAGCGGAGGUUCGAGAAACAAGCCGUAAGCCAGAUGAGAUGUACCCAAUGCUGGAGAGGAUAAGUCCAAGGACGAGAAAGCUGGAAUUGUUUGCUCGCAUGCAUAACACUCAUGCAGGAUGGAUAUCACUCGGUAACCAAUUGAGUGGAGCACGGUUAGUGGAUGAAGGACUUAGGGCUAGGUUUAAAGCGGCUUACCCAGAUGUAGAGGUGCAGCCGGCAUCUCCUCCAAGAGCUUCUGCAAUGGAAGUAGACUCCACUGCUGCUCAAAUGAGGAGUCCUUUUGCGGGAAGUGAUUCAAAGCCUGCACCACAGUUCGCAGAGGCCCCAGCCCCACAGGCAGCUUAUGUUUCUGAAGGGAAGGCAACCAACCCUGACGUUGAGAUGGCUGGUUGACUAACCGAACUCCGUUAUCUACCCAAAUUGUAACCAUUAGGAUGAUUGUUACCUAGUAUUCUAAAGCCUAAGGCAAUAGCAGCAGUUUGCAGAGGCCUCGGCACCACAGGGAACAGAUUCAUAUGGCCGGCUAAUUAACCAAACUCUGUUUUAUGCACAAAUGUAAUCGUUGCAACGAGUGUUACCCAGUAAUUUACUCUAAAUUAUCGAUAUAAGAGUAUGGUUGUAACAGUUUAGGUUGUUUAGCCAAGAGGAAUCCUGUGUUUUUUGGCUGUUUGUUUGUGGUAAUCCUUAAUUAAGUUUGCUUUUGAUAGAAA